GCUUUCUUUCCCCAUACCAAACAAACUUCAAAUCUUUUUUUCCCUCUCCCUCUCUAGUACUGUGUGGCUCUCUCUCUCUCUCUCUCUCUCUCUCUCUCUCUCUCUCUCUCCCUCCUUUCUUCUUGUAUUCCUCUUGGGGCAAAAACAACAAUAAAAACAACAAGACCCCAACAGUUGGCUUUUUCCCCCCUCCCUGCAAAAAAGUUGUUCUUCCUUCACAAUCAGAAUCACAAGCAAGCAACAAGACCUCCUCCCUCUUUCAUCUUCUCAUACCAGCUGAUCCUUCAUCUUCAUCAUUUGAAAGCCAGGUGAGCUAUAUCCUUCACUCUUAAUUUGUCUUUGUCUUUAGUCACCACCUUUCCACCCCCAUCUUGCAUGAUUAAGACAGACUAGGAAGAAGAAUAUAUAUGUUUAAUAUGCAGAUUGUGCAGUUCCCUUCUGGUCACUUCCUUUUUUUUUGAACUAUCAUCUUUUGUAAUGUUUCAGAAGUCCCAACUUUCUUUGGAAACCAUAAUUGAAGUCUUCCUUUAGCUUCAACCUCAUCAAUAGUCACUUUAAGUGUGUUUACUGUUUGUUAGGAUCAGAAGUAGUGUAAUAGGAUGAGUUCACUUCAAAAGCAAGAUGGAACAUUUUCUUAAUUACCCUGAAACUAUGCUUAAUAAAUUCCCCCAUGUUUAAUUAACUACAUGUGGGUUGACAAUUUUCUUGGAUCCAUCCAAUGACAAAAUCCCAUGUGUAUAUGGAUGGAUGGAGUCAUGUGGUUCCUUCCAUCUGAUAAGAAAAAAGGGAAGAGCUUUUCUUUCUUGGAGAAGUUGAUCCAUUAUUUGUUGAUUGGUGUUGGGGAUUUCCCCUCCUAAUUAUCACAUGUGUAAGUCAAAAAGUUAAUUCCACCAAUCAGCACAACCCUCUUUUGGGUUUCUUUUCAUUGAUGUUUUUGUCUAGCAAAUGAAGGGGAAUUGAAUGAUGAAUGUGGCCCAACUGGAUUUUGAAAGGAAUAACUCAUAAGCAAUUGUCCAACUAACAGACAAAAAAUCAUAGUACUUGUGCUUUGAUAUUUUUUUUCUUUUUUUCUUUUCAAACUGUGUCAUGGAAAUAUGUACAUGGCAUGCUGCUAUUUCUGGAGAUAUUUCUUUUUCAUUCCUUCCCACCCCAGAUACAAGUUAAAACUUACCUGUGUCUCUCUGGCCUUCAUAUUCAGGUGCCAGAAAAGUCAACAAAACAGUUGCUCUGUCUGUUUUUGCCACACACAUGUGGAUCCAGAUCAUCUGAUAAUAAUCUCUAAACCAGAAAACCUAGAGGAGAAGGAUAUUCUUUUCUUUCUUUACUUUUCCUUUGUUCUGCCACUUGCACUGCCUCAAAAAAUGGAGAGAGUUCUGAAGCCUUAUGACAAGGAAUACAUGAGACUAGCCAUGCUAAAGCAUGAAGAAACAUUCAAAGAACAGGUAUAUGAACUCCACAGGCUGUACAGGAUCCAGAAACUAAUGAUGAGAAGCAUUGGCAAAACCAACAAGAACACCAACAACAACCACCAUCAGAUUCCCUCCAAUAAGCACCAGGAGUUGUGGAAUAAUGGAUUCAGUUUCAACUCCAGGAGCAACAAUGUCAGCAACAUUGUAGUUGCUGCUCCUCCUUCUAAUCAUCAUCAUCAUCAUCAUCAUCAUCAUCAUCAUCAUGACAAGUUAGCAGUGAAGCUGGACUUGGAAAGAAAACCAGCUGCAGAGGAAUUCGCAGAGUCCAACGGGGAUCAUGUUGAAGAAGAAAGGAACGGAACAGUUGUCAUGGAGGAGUGUGAGAUUGAGCUAACACUGGGGCCAGCUAGUUACUGUUCAAGGAGGAAGAAACUAUUUCAAGAGGAGACAGCGUUGACUUCAGAAUCAGGAGGUGGAAGCCUGUCUUCAUCUUCAACCGGGUCGAGUCGUAUUAACAGGAGGAGCAAUAAAUUAGGCAGCAGCAGAGUAGAUGAUCCGGAAAAUGGGAUGACGAAGAUGAAGAAGCAGAAGCAGAAUAGCAAUGUUGAUAAUAAUGAACAGCUGACAAGGCAACAACAGGAUAGUAGAUUAAAGCAGCAGCAGCAGCAGCCUCCCUGGCUUUACCAGGUUCUCAGCCUCAAAAUGACUUGAAAUAACAAAUAAAGUAUCAUGUCAGCUUGUGAAUUGGAUGGUAGUCUGGAAAGAUGGGGUUUUUUUUCUUCUUCUGGUUUUCUUUUCCAUGGUUAACUUUUCCUUUUUCAUGGCUAGAUGGAAGGGUUUCAGGAAGGAUAUGUCAGGCUUUGGUGUAAAGAUGACUGACUGCUUUGUUUUUGAGCUCUCAAAUCAACUAGUCUUAGUUAGCUACCUCCAGGUUUCUCAAUUGACUACUUCCCUCUUUGCUGAUUUUCAGGGUGGGAAUCUAAAGUUUUAACUCUCUCUGUCACCACUCUUUGCUUGUUGAUGUCAAUAUUGCAGAAACAAACAGCAUCAAAAUUUAUGCAAGAAAAAAAAAACGUUUUCGUGUUAAUGUUACCAUAAUUUAAGUUUCUCUCAACAACUCAAACUUGUAAGAAAUAGUUAAUUCUCGA